GCUCAUUGACAGGGCCUCUCAGGUUCAUCUCCUCCCUCUGUUUCUUAAACAAAACCUUUCCCUUUUCCGAACUCUCUCCUCCCUUGCUCUUCCUUCCCUGGCGGCGACGACUGGGCGAGCGGCGGCGCCAUGUGUCCUGUCUUCGCCCAGCUCUUUGCCGGCGACGAGCGCAUCCUCCAGAAUGCUUUGGAGCAGCUGGCAUCCAUUGAUCUCAUCGAGCUAUGCAAGGAGGCUAGAAUUGAGCGCUGUCGUGCGACUAGAGAUUUGAGUAGCUGCAGCCGCUAUGUGCAUCAUGUGCUUAACUCAUGCGGCCAUGCCUCAUUAUGUGCUGAGUGCAGCCAAAGAUGUGAUGUGUGCCCAAUCUGCAGAAGUCCAAUACCGGACAAUGGGAAUAGGGUUCGGCUACGCCUUUACUACAAGUGCAUUGAAGCGGGCCUUAUUUCUAAGCAGCAUGAUGAAAGGUUUCAGGAAAAGGAAGACCAAGGCAAUCCUGUUAACACAGAUGUCCAGCGGCUGCAUUCAUUGUUUGAUGUUGCGCUUCAGAACAAUCUUACAUCCUUGAUUUGCCACUAUAUCACAGAUGUUUGUUUGGAUGAGAAUGCUGUGUCAAGUGAUCCACUUCUGGCUUUUCUUUUGGAUGAGGUGGUCAUCAAGGACUGGUGCAAGAGGGCUGUAAAUGCACUCAUUUCUGAGAUUGGCAUGAUUUAUAGAUCUGGCUUAGAAAUGAUGCAAUCUAAGUUAUCCCAACUGCAAAAGUUUGCAGCACAAUUGGCAGGAAUUUACAGUGUACUUGAAGUUAUGAUUGCAUCUUUCACAGAAGCAGUUUCAGCUCAUGUUAAUGACCUGCAUCUACUCAUCGAGAACACAUUGAAGGCAAAGCAGCAUUUAGAGGCCAUGAUCUGGUGCAUCAGGCAUAGAUUUGUUCAAGACAUCUGCUCACGGUACACUGAUUAUGAAUCAUGGAGCUCUGAUGUAAUUCAAAGAAAGGCAUCUGCAGAAGCAAGAAAAUGGCCUGAAUUUUUUGAUAAACAGCUAGGUGACAAUGAAACCAAUCAGGGUACACUAUUCAUCGAGCAGGCACUACAAAACCUUGGAAUUGAACAAAGUUAUAGGAAUGAGGAAGAAGCAGCAAUCACUUGUUUGCAGAAUGAACAAUCAUCAUCCAUGUUCUGUUCCACAAUUACAGCCGAUCAUUUUAGUCUCAACAGAUACCCAUUUAAAAAUUUGCGUGAGGCAAUUGAUGUACUCUUUCUACAUGGAGCAUCAGACAUGGUGAUUGCAAAGCAAGCUAUUUUAUUAUAUUAUCUAUUUGAUCGGCAUUGGACUAGACCAGAUUCAGAAUGGAGGUAUUUGCUGGAUGAUUUUGCUGCUACCUUUGGGAUUACUAGUAGAACAUUGCUUGAGUGCCUGGUAUUUUGUCUUCUAGAUGAUCAUUCUUCAGAAGCCUUGGAGGAGGCAUGCUCUCUUCUUCCCAAGAUCUCUAGCAAGGAGACACAUCCAAUGAUAGCACAAGUUCUUUUAGAACGUCACAGACCUGAUAUGGCACUGGUUGUGCUAAAGUGCACAGGGCAUGAUAGCUUCUCUGCUACAGAAAACAUUGAAAAAGAUGGCAUUUCAUCUCUUAGUGAAGCAGUGACUGCAGUUCGCGUAAGAAUUGAAUACGGCCACCUAACAGAAGCAUUUAUGUAUCAUAGAAGCUACUGUUCUAGGGUGAAAGAACAGCGAGCAGCAGAUAUGAUACAUUCUGAGGAUGCACUCAGAAGCUCUUGGGUUUAUCAGGUUGAGGUGAUGACGACUGAAUUUUGUACUAUCUGCAUCGAAAGGAAUUUUGUUGAUAAAAUGAUUGAUCUGCCCUGGGAUUCUGAGGAAGAGAAACAUCUUCACAAGUCGCUCUUCGACUCUGCUUGUGAAAUGCCCACAAAACCAUGUGGUAGUCUGCUUGUUGUUUACUACCUUCGGCGUUACCGAUAUUUGGAGGCAUAUGAGGUUGAUCGUAAUCUUCAGAGGUUUGAGCAAAAGAAAUUGGAAAGUACUACUGAAGAGAUUGCUUCAAAAAUCAGAACAAUUGCUCAAUGGCGGGAAAAUUUGGUUGCUAAAUGCCUUGAUAUGCUUCCGGAGGUCCAGAGAGAGAUUGUGAAAGCCAUCAACACUGGAGAACAAAGUCAGUUUGCUCGAACUGCUCAAAUAUCUUCUCCAGUUAGUCAUGUGUUCAAAGCACAAAGUCCUGCCAUCGAGUUGAGCUCAUCGUUUAACCCUGUUCUUCAAAAUAAGUCAAGCCUCCACUCAAAAAGUAUCAAUGCGUUGACUGAUUCUGGUGGCAUGAUUAGAAGCAGCCAUUCAGAGUUUGGUAGAAAGGUUCCGUCUGUUCUACAAUCCAGGGCGGUUCCCCAGGCGACGCCUGCAUUCAAUAUGAGAUCAACUGCUGGGGGCAUAUUCCCCUCUGUGGGACAGAAUGGUGAGAGUCCAUUUUUAAGGGGGGCUAAAGAUAUCAGUUCUAGAAAAGGAGAGGCAGGUUUCAAAAAAGGAAUUAAACCUGCUGAUGAUUCACUUCCUAUGUAUUUGAACUUGAGUUCUGGUGAUACACCUAUGAAAGACUACCAGACAAGUUUGUUGAAGACUGAGGUUGACAAAACUACUUCUUUUCAAGGAAAAGAUUAUGCUGGAAAAGGAGAGUUUCACUUUGGUUCACGUUCUGAGAAGCCUUUCAUCUUAAACGGAACUGGUGUUGGUCAAAACGGCCUCCCUAAGGUAUCUGGAACUGCUGGUUUUCAUGGAGAUUAUAAAUUACCAACUAAGGAGAACAUCUUGAGCUCUAGCAAGAAAUCUUCAGUUGAUGAAGCAGCAGCCAGCAAAGGUGUGUCAAGGUGGAGAUCCGACGAGUCUAGUGAAGAUGAAGAUGAGAGAAGAACAAACCGGGGGAGCAGAGCUUCUCUUGUUACUAGAAGGCGACCGAGAUUUUCAAGAAGAUGAUAUACCCCCGGCCACAGGAAUUUUAGUUGUUCGCAUGGGAGGACUCCUUUGGAUAUCUUCACAGUUGUUAUCCCCCAAUCUAACAGUAAUUUGUUUCGAGGAAAGAUUGUAUUGCCUCGCUCUUACAUCUUCUGGCGAGAGAUCUGUGGUGACUUGUCUUGCAAAAUUUGGACUGCCAUGGCCGAGACGUGGUUCAAGUGUAACAAUGGGUGCUAGAAAAUGAGAAGCAAUAGGCAUGUUGCCUUCAGAGCCUGAUGAUCAGUGACCAAAUCGUAGUUCUCCAGCGUUUCUACCAGAUACAUCACACAUGGUACCAGAUGUUUAAGCGCAUGAGGUGCUAGUGCAGCAGCACAUAUGGCCAUCUAAUUUCGUAGCUGAUGGUAGUGUUGUUUCUCUGUAUCAGAAAAAAUUAAGUCGUGCACUUAUGAGGGAUCAUGGCAGAAAAUAAA